AUGGCUUUAUGUUGUCCUUCAAGAGCCAGUCUACUCACUGGAAAGGCGGGUCACAACACUAAUGUAACCGACGUGAAAGGGCCGUAUGGCGGUUAUGACAAGUUCGUAGCUGAAGGUUUCAAUGAUCGGUACUUACCUGUCUGGUUGCAAGAUGCAGGAUACAGUACUUGGUAUAUCGGCAAGCUCUUCAACUCGCACAAUCCACAGAACUACAACAAACCAUUUCCUGCAGCGUGGAACGGAUCUGACUUUUUGCUGGACCCUUAUCAAUACUCUUACUUUUCGCCUAUGUUUCAACGGAACGAGGAUGCUCCUGUCCUUCACAACGGCAGUUAUGUUACUGACCUUUUGGCGGAAAAGUCGUUUGGUUUCUUGGAUGAUGCUGUCACUGCUGGAAAGCCGUUCUUCCUAACAAUGGCGCCUAUCGCUCCCCAUUCACAAGUCGAUACCAAUCUCACUACUCUACUAUCCUCUACCAGCGCCCCACAGCCAAAGCCAGAACAUGCCAACCUAUUUCUAGACGCCAAGGUGCCUCGUGCGCCAAACUUCAACCCUGAGUUUUCGUCGGGGGCCAGCUGGGUGAAGACCCUCCCACGGCUCAAUGCCACUCAGGUUGAAAACAAUGACAAGUGGCAUCGGUCUCGUUUGCAGUCAUUGCAAUCUGUUGACUCAAUGGUCGACCAGCUUUUCUUGCGCUUGGAACAACACGGAAUUAUAGACAACACAUAUGUCUUUUUCACGUCGGACAACGGUUAUCAUAUCGGCCACCAUCGCAUGGCUCCUGGCAAGACUUGUGGAUAUGAAGAAGAUACCAAUGUGCCACUGAUCGUUCGUGGGCCCGGUGUUCCGGCCGGUGCUCGCUUCAAAUCCCCAACGUCCAUGACUGACCUUGCCCCAACUUUUGUCAAAAUUGCCGGGAAACAGCCGCAGGUCGAUUUUGACGGGGUAGCCAUUCCUCUUACUGAGGUCGCAAUGAAGACAAACACCAGGCAUGAGCACGUUAACAUUGAGUUUUGGAGACUGUCUCAACCUGGAGAAGGUGGUGUAAGAAACACAACCCAAGUAGCCAAUACUUACAAGAGCCUUCGGAUAGUCUCUACAGACUAUAGUUUCUAUUACUCUGUAUGGUGUACUAACGAGCACGAGCUUUACGAUAUGACCUCGGACCCUUACCAACUCAACAACGUCUUCAAAGAUGGUUUCAAUUCGAAUUCCUCCUCUAAUAUCGUGGUUCGCGGUACUUCAGUACCGGUGAGCAGGCUAGCAAGUCGACUCGAUGGUCUCUUAAUGGUGUUGAAGUCAUGUUCCGGUAUUUCUUGCCGUGACCCGUGGGGCACUUUGGACCCUACAGGCCGGAUUACUUCACUCUUGGCUGCACUUUCCCCUGAAUACGACGAGUUCUUCAACGGAGAGAUUCCAAGAAUUUCUUUCGAUGAAUGCAAAGCUGGAUAUUUGGUGGAGUUCGAAGGACCCCAAUACACAACUGCAUAUCAACUCAGGCCCAGAGAUGGGCAAGACCCGGACUGGGCAAUAAACGUCUAA